CGGGUCUAGCCGGCGGCGUUCGCCUUUCCAAGGUGGUUGUUAUGCUCACAGCGUGCGCCUUUACGCACGCUCGCUCGCACGCACACGCACGCACCUACGCACGCGCGCACGCUCGCUCGCUCGCUUGGACCUUGCGGUGACAUCAUCGUGCCAGGAGGGAUAGAGAAGAUGGAGGAGUGGGAAGCCGGGAGCAGAGGAACGGUGUAACAGACAGACAGCCCGACAGACAAGACGCACAUGCAGGCGGACGGGCGUGCGAGGAAGAUGGAAACAGCCUAGGCAGAAAUUAUAGAUUAAGGGGACAUUUGGGCGAAGCUCGCGCUGUGCUGCGCCUCCCAUCCUGCCCUCCGCUCUGGACGCAAGGAAGAUCGCCACUCCCGGAAACUGGUCCAAGACCCCCUCGGGCUAGCCGGCACAUUUGAUAUUAAGGACACACGCCCAUAGAGAGAGACAGACACACACACACGGGAGACAACACGCACGGAGGCACAGCUGCUGAGCUUAACGUGGGCGGGACGCUUGGGUUUUCAGCGCGGUUAAACCCUCGUCAUUAUGAAGAGGCUCAUUUGCAAGAAGAUCUGCUCCUACAAGGCACACGAGGAGGAUGAGCCGGUGGAGGGAAAGGGAGCGCCGGGAGGCAAGGCCAGCCGCCGGGGCCCUGGGGAGGGAGGGACAGGCCGCAGGCAGGGGCCCUGGUCGGCAAAGGCGGCCACAGGGCGGGAGGGUGCCGGAGCGGUGGAUGAGGAAGACUUCACCAAGGCGUUUGAGGACGUCCCAUCCGUGCAGAUCUAUUCCAACCGCGACCUCGAGGACGCCAUGAGCAAGAUCCGAGACAUCCUGUCGGACGACAAGCACGACUGGGAGCAGCGCGUGGCGGCCGUGAGGGAGGUCCGCUCGCUGCUCGUGGCCGGAGCCACCAAGCACGAGGGCUUCCUGCAGCAGCUGCGGCUCAUGGACCCGGCGCUCAAGCUGAGCGUGCGCGACCUCCGCUCGCAGGUCGUGCGCGAGACCUGCAUCACGCUCGCGUACUUGUCGGCGUUGCUGCGGAACAAAUUCGAGUUCACGGCGGAGGCGGUGCUGACCGGACUGUUUGCGCUCGUGCCGAACAGCGCCAAGGUCAUGGCCACGUCCGGGCUCGUGGCGAUCCGGCUCAUCCUCAAGAACACGCACGCUCCGCGCCUCACCCCCAUCGUCUGCUCCAACGCCGCCUCCAAGGCCGUGUCGGUGCGCAGACGCAGUUUCGAGUUCCUGGACCUCAUGUUCCAGGAGUGGCAGACGGCUGCGCUGGAGAGACACGUGAGCCUGCUGGUGGACACGGUGCGCAAGGGGAUCACGGACGCGGACUCGGACGCGAGACUCGAGGCGCGGAAGGCCUACUGGGGGCUCCACAACCACGCCCCCGGCGCGGCCAAGGCGCUGCUGACGUCGCUGGAGCCGUCGUACCAGCGGGCCGUGACGGCGCAGCGCGGCGGCGCCCACCCCAACGGCUCGGGCCUCCUGCAGCCGCACUCGGACCGAUCGUCCAGCAGCUCCCAGGAGAGCCUCAACCGCCACCUGGGCAAGAGAGGACUGCCCCACAACGUUCACGUGGCAACGAAGACCAAAGUGCCGGCCGGUGCCCGCAAGCCCCCGCCCUGCGCGCCUGGCGCGAUGCAGCGCUCCCGCAGUGACGUGGACGUGGGCGCGGCGCACAGCGCCAAGGCGCGCAUGGCGGCCGGCUCGGGGGGCGCCUCGGGUGCGGGGUCGGGGGUCGGGGUCGCGUUGGGACGCGAGCGACCCCCGACAGCACCGGCCCGGCACCACGUGACGAGCAGCGGAUACGGCAUCCUACACAAGCCGGGAGGCGUGGGGUCUCUGGGCUCUCCCGGCGAACGGCACGGACGCCCAGCGGCGAAAUCCGUCUCCCAGAACCAGCGCAGCCGCUCCAGCUCCCCGGGCCGGUUCCUGGCGGGGAUGGGAACGAGGGUAUCACGUGGGCCCCGACCCCCGAUCCCUGCGCCGGCCUGCGCCCUCCCCGCUCCGCCGCUCCUGUCCCAGGUCCCUCAAGCGGGGGCAGGGGGCCCCUCGGGGCAGCGGGUCAGCCGGAUCCCACGCAGCCUCGGGGGCAGCCGAGACUCGAGCCCGGCCAGGAUCGGGCCCUCCGUUCGGGAGAGCCGCAUCCCCCGAGUGAGCUUGAGCCAGGGCUGCAGCCGCGACACGAGCAGGGAGAGCAGCCGCGACCCCAGCCCCGUGCGAGCAUUCACGGCGCUCUCCCGCGGGAGCCGCAUCCCCCGAGUGAGCCUGAGCCAGGGCUGCAGCCGCGACACGAGCAGGGAGAGCAGCCGCGACCCCAGCCCCGUGCGAGCAUUCACGGCGCACUCUACGCGACAGCAGUCUCGCUCCACCAGCGCCCUCACCAACAGCUUUGUGCCUUCAGACCCCUACUCGCUGAUGCAGAGCCGGGGAAUCUCGUCGUCCGUGAACGCGAUGCGAUUCCUCGACCCGGGGUCUGACGUGGAGGCGGCCGUGGCGGAUGCGCUGACCGGAAGCACCAGAGCCAAGCGCAAGCCGGUGCGCCGCCGCUACGACGCCUACGGGAUGACGUCGGACGACGACGCGAUGAGCGACGCCUCCAGCGCCUGCUCCGAGCGCUCGUGCGGCUCGCGGGGGUCGCGAGGGGCUCACGGGGCCCCCCUCGCGCCGGGGGCCCCGGGCCCGUACCUCGCGCGCCAGGCGGAGGACGUGGCCGACAUCCUCAACCGCUGUGCCAGCUCCAACUGGGCGGAGCGCCGCGACGGGCUGCUCGCGCUGCAGGCGCUGCUGCGGGCACAGCGCACGCUCAGCCGCGUGGAGCUCAAGCGUCUUUGUGAAAUCUUCACGCGAAUGUUCGCCGAUCCGCACAGCAAGGUGAGUGCGGUGGGUGUGCCGGGUGGAUCUCCGACGAGAGUGACGCGUGCUGUAAUGUCACCCCCACUCGUGACGCAACGUCGAGAGGCGAAUCCGAAAUGCCCUUCUUGCCAUUCCCCUAAAGUCUCCAACCCCUGUGUCCCCUGUGCCCCCUGUGGCCCCACGUGCCCGCUGCCCUGGAUCGGGAUUCUGCAGAGAGUGUUCAGCAUGUUCCUGGAGACGCUCGUGGACUUUGUGCUGACGCACCGCGCGGAGCUGCACGACUGGCUCUUCGUGCUGCUCACUCAGCUGCUCAAGAAGAUGGGCGCCGAUCUCCUGGGCUCCGUGCAGGCCAAGGCCCAGCGCUGUCUCGACGUCACCAGGGAAUGCUUCCCCCCGGACCUGCAGUUCAACAUCCUCAUGCGCUUCGUGGUGGACCAGACGCAGGUGCUCAACCUCAAGGUGAAGGUGGCAGUGCUCAGGUACAUCUGCGCACUGAGCCGCAUCAUGGAGCCGCGGGGCUUUGUGAACGCGAGCGAGACGAGGCUCGCCGUGUCGCGCAUCAUCACCUGGACCACGGAGCCCAAAAGCUCGGAAGUCAGGAAGGCGGCCCAGGCGGUGCUGAUUGCGCUGUUCGAGCUGCACCCCCCUGAGUUCACGAUGCUGCUGGGGGCACUGCCCAAGACGUUCCAGGACGGGGCCACUCGCCUCCUGCACAACCACAUCAAGGCGACACCCAAAGCCGGGGGCAACCAGGCGUCCCCGAGCGGAGCUGCCCACCGUGCCCCCAUGCGCCCCCCAGCGAACAGGGUCAGCCCCGUAACCUCGCCCUCCGCCUCCUCCCAGGGGACCGUGUCUCCCGGGACGAGCGAGGCGGACGGGGAGGCGGGGGAGGAAUUCUACCGCUCCCUACGGGGGGUGUCGCAGGCGAUCCAGAGCUACAGCUACCGCAGCCAGGAGGACCUCACCGAGCAGUCGCCCGCCAACGCCGCCGCCGCCGGUCGCGAGCAGGGCACGGGGGCGGCACUGGGGAGGGAGGGCGAGGGGGGGCGGGACACCCCCGACAGUGAGUGGCGCUCACACCACACCGCACCACCACGAGGUGUGGUGUGGCCACACGCACAAACGUACACCAUUGCUUAUACCCAACCAUGUACCCACUCACUCGCUCAGCCAGCCAUGAAUCAAGCCACUGGUUGGUCCACACUCACCGCCCCCCCCAUCCCAGGCCAGGGUGGGCCCCCGGCCGCCUCGUCCCUGGCCGAGCUGCUGGCCGAGCUGACGGGCCCCGGCGGGCGGCCCGAGGAGCGGCGGGCCGCGCUGCGCGAGCUGCAGCGCGCCGGCCGCGAGGAGCCCGCGGCCGCCUGGGAGGAGCACUUCAAGACCGUGCUGCUGCUGUUGCUCGAGACGCUCGCAGACGCAGACCACGUGACCCGCUCGCUGGCGCUGCGAGUGCUCAGCGAGUUCCUGCGUCGCCAGCCCACGUGCUUCCGCAAGUACGCGGAGCUCACCAUCAUGAAGGUCCUGGAGGCACACAGAGACCCACACAAGGAGGUGUGCCGCGCCGCCGAGGAGACGGCGUCGGUGCUGGCGGCGUCGCUGCCCGCCGAGCAGUGCCUCAAGGUGCUGUGCCCCAUCGUGCAGACGGCCGACUUCCCCAUCAACCUCGCCGCCAUCAAGAUGCAAACGCGCGUCAUGCAGCGGCUGCCGCACACCGCGCUCACCCAGCUGCUGCCCGACAUCAUCCCGGGCCUCUUGCAGGGUUACGACAACACGGAGAGCAGCGUGCGGAAAGCGAGCGUGUUCUGCCUCGUGGCGAUUCACACCGCCAUCGGAGAGAGCCUCACCCCCUACCUCACUCACCUGUCUGGCAGCAAGAUGAAGCUGCUGAAUCUGUACAUCCAGCGUGCAGAGAGCAAUGCUGGACCUGGCUCGCCCGGCUCCCCGGCUCUCAGCCUCUCGGGUCACUGCAGCUGAUGGUCGCUUCAUUGCUUCAGCACCCCCUAUAUCAGUUGGGCAGCUCCCGAUAUUCAACCUAAUUAAGUUUCAGUACCCUCCUAUUGGCUGGACAGCUCCCCACCCACCAACUCUAUUUCCUGUCAGCACCCCCUAUUGGCUGGACAGCUCUCCAUACCUAAAUCAAUUCCAGUUUAACACCCCCUCUUUGCGUGACAGCUUCCAACAACCCCAGCUGAAUUAUGUUUCAGAACCACCUAUCGGGUGGACAGCUACCCCACUACCGAGCGUACUUUCUGGUGUCACCAUACAAUAAUCCCUCACUUAAAAAGUACCCACGCCACGGGUAUGAAAUCGAUGGCGAUUGCAAGCAGGACCCGAUUAUAAAUCACGCAAGUGUCGUUAUUAUUGGGCACACGUUGUCCGUAAGGGCAAGUUCUGCACGGGUGGGCUAUGGGAAUUCGAAGCAGCACUGAACUGACAUUACAUGUGUUUGAAUACAUGGUAGAUAUGCAGCGCAAACACACGCUAUAAUACAGCGCACGAGCUCUUUGAAUGCAGCAGAUGUCAAUGUCUGGAAUAAGGGCGUAAAUUAUUAAACAAACUCCUCAUCCCGCACCUUCACGGUGCCAUUCUGAACAGAAAGGAUUCGUUCUGAAAACACUCGUGAAUUAUUCUUUUUUUUCAACUUGGGCGUCAUAUCUUGGUAUUGUUUUAUAGUUAUAUCUAUUUAUCAGCUAAGAUAUUUCACGUUCACAAUCCCUGCAGAAGGAACAUCUCAAUUACAAGGGUGUCCACGUGAAUAGCAAUCACCGACACGCAGACAAACACAGUAUAUACACAAUGUACCGUGGCGUGUAGGCAUUUUUUUACAAAUUAUGAUAACGCCUCUUUACCCAGCCCAGCCUCACUUGAGUCUCAAGGACUCCUUUCCUGGAUGGUCCUGCCAAGUAGUUUUUUUUUUUUGCAGUAGGGCACAGUGGUCGCUGCUGUGUGCAAUCCCACUUGAAUAGCUUGCAUGUAUAUUUAUCAGCAUUGGGAUGUUUUAGCCAAUACCAGUUACAUCGUACAGAGGGCUUUUUUUAGCUAUGGGAGGAAACCCAUGCAGAAUAGGGGGAGAACAUCCAAACUCCACACAGAAUCGCCCCAGUCACGAAUUAAACCCAUCUAUCGACUCGAACAGUACGAAUGUACAACCUCCAGGGCCGUGAAUAUCCGGAAUCUGUAGCGAUGUGAAUCUCCGUGACACACAGCCGUAUGAAUCGAUAUUGGCAUGGAUUUAAGGCUGCGUGGAUUUAUGGUGUGUACACAGACAUUGGUAUGGAUGUCAACUAUAGAGCACACAAUCUAUACCACAUAUAAUGCUAUGAAUACAUAAAUCUGGACCAUAUAAAUCUGUAUUAAUCUGUGGACUAUAUAGGGGUGUGCAUCUACUAACGUUUCGACAAAAAUUACCCAUCACUUAAUGCGGAUAUUCCGCAAAUCCCAAUGGCAAAGCUUUUCGGGGAAUUUUUGUUGUACACGUGCAUGCCAGAUGAACAUC